GCCAAAAAAAAAAAAAAAAAACAUAUCGAACACUUUCAUAAACAAACAUUUUUAAGAAAAUAUGAGCAACGUAUGUUUAAAAAACACUACUACCAGAGCCCGUGUUUGCGAUACAUGUCGGUCUAGCCCGAGCUCGAUAUAUUGUGAAGCCGACUUGGCGUUUUUAUGCACCAGUUGUGACUCACAUGUCCAUGCUGCCAACAAGUUGUCAUCGAGACACAAACGUGUGUUAAUAUGUGAAGCGUGUGAACAAGCUCCGGCCGCGUUUACAUGCAAGGCUGACUCGGCUUCACUUUGCAUUACUUGUGAUGUAGUCAUUCAUUCGGCGAACCCUUUAUCCCAUCGUCACACCCGUGUGCCCGUUAUGCCUAUUUCGGGCUCAGUCAAUGGGAAUCAAGGAAAUGGGCCUGGGCCAUGUUUUUUGGCCCAAGAGUCAGAAGGAACAGCAGAUAAUGAGGAUGAAGAGGAAGCGGCUUCAUGGCUGCUGGAUGGGCCAAUGAAAAACGAAGAAGAAAAUGAAAAUAGCGACAUAAACGGGUUUUUGUUUAAUGGAGAUGGGAGUGUGGAUGAGUAUUUAGACCUUGUGGGGUAUAAUACUUCUUGUCAAGAUAUUCAGUUUAGUGGUGAUCAUCAUAGCAAUGAUUUGAAAUUUGAUGAUGAGUUUAAGUAUACUAAUUAUGAUGAUGGUACUAAUAUUAAGAAGCAGAGUAAUAAGAAUUACCAAAUUCAUCAAUUUAAUUUUCAUACUCAAAAAAUUGAGUUGGGGAUGGAAUAUGAGACUUCAAAUGAUGGCUAUGGCUUCCCUCCUUCACUUGUUCAUAGUGUUUCCAUGUCAUCCAUGGAUGUUGGAGUAGUACCAGAAUCCGCAAUAACACCAAAAGGGUCGACAAUUGAUCUAUUUUCGAGUCCUUCAAUUCAGGUGCCAACACAACUAACUCCAACAGAUAGAAAGGCAAGAGUCCUAAGGUACAUGGAGAAAAAGAAAACAAGAAAGUUUGAGAAAACCAUUAGGUACGCGUCUAGAAAAGCAUAUGCCGAAACAAGGCCUAGGGUCAAAGGGCGUUUUGCAAAAAGAACCAACAUUGAUGAAGAAGUAGACCAAAUGUUUUCGACGACACUAUUGACAGAAGGUGGAUACUGCAUUGUCCCUUCAUUUUGAAAGAUGUUACUUUGGAAAUAUAGAUGUCUGUAGAAUUUAAAUGCAUAUGUAACUGUUUUUUUUCCCAUUCAUGUUAUUUAUCAUAGUAAAUCUUGUAGCUGUUUGUUCAAGGAUUAUCCUUUUCUAUAAAUGAAUGAAUGCAUUUUAUUGUCCAA